AUUUGUGGCAGUUCGUGUUGUUAUUCUUUUGCUGGCGCUGUUGCCUUUCCACGAGCCCCGAGAGCCACGAGAGGCCUCUUUUUUAUCGCAACGGUGUUUACCUCUGACUAUUUUUUGUGUAAUUUUUUUGUUUGUGCACAGUUUCGUCGAGAAAAGCAAAAGUGUCAAUAGAAUCCGCGUGCCAGGAAGCGGGCUGAAGGAGGCAUGUCCUUUGCCUGUAUUCUACGGAUAUGUAAUUGUUUGUCCAAGGUUUGAAACAACAAAAGCGAAACGAAGCGAAAGGAAAGGAAAGCAAAGCAGAACAACACAAAGACGGGGAACACAGAACAAGAGUCGAGCACUUAGAAGAGGAGCAAAAGAAGGAGAAGGGAAAGGAGAAUGACAACCAGCUGAGGAGGAGAAAAGGAAGCCGCCCAAAGGAGCAGCAGGAACUAGAGGAGAAAUCAGCAGAAAAGAAAGCCCCAAAGAGCAAGGAUAGAAAGAAGGAUAAGAACAUAAGAAGGGCAAGAAAAUAAAGAAAAGAAAGAAGCAACAGACAGCAGACAGACAGAAGCUACAACGCAAAGCCUGCUGCAGCGAGACAAAAAGCAUACAAAGAACGCUCCGCCCCCUGUCCACCCCCACCGCCCACCGCCAAAAACAAAACGAAAAUCUUCAGUCCAGAAAGAGAGUGGAGAGAAAGAGAGAGAGCAAAAGAGAGCAACGCAACGCAAAGCAACUCAGAGAGAGAGAGAGAGCCAAGGAGAGCAGGUCGGUUGCUGGUGCUGGUGCUGUCGGCGGGGCGGUCAGCGUCGUUUUGGUGCAAAUCGCGCAUACGCCGCGUGAACCGAUAGCCAGCCACAGGCGCAGCCACAAAACAUAAACCGAAAUUGUUCAGCCGAACAGUCGGUCCGAAACUGGCAUAGAUCCAGCUUCAGUUGAAACAGGCAAAGAGAGCACAGCGAGAGAGUGACCGGAAAGCGGAAAAGAGAGAGAGAGGAAGAGUGAGUGAGAGAGGGAGCCGAGGAUCACACUGGAAUAAGUGUGAGACAGCGGCAGCGAGGGAUAAACAAAUUCAAACUGCAGCCGGCUACAGAUCCAGCUUCAAGACGUCUUGCAAACGGCUGAAAAUGGAAAAGACUCCCCGGUACACGCAGCGGGAGCGGAAUAUGGUGCUCGGCUACGCGGCGCAGUACAAGGACGUGAUCGAGAACAAGCGCACGGACGCGGAGUCGAACCGGAAGAAGGAUGAGGUCUGGCUGCAGAUCGCCAAGGAGUUCAACUCCCAGGUGUACCAUCAGCGCAGUGCCAAGCAGCUGCGCCAGCUCUACAAGAACAUGAAGCUGCUGCUGAAGAAGGAUUUGUGCGGCGAGGACAAGACGAAUGGCACAUUUCUCGAUCUGCUCAACACACUGUCGCAGCAGGACUCGGUGGCGCAGUACAUAGCCGAGCAGAUGUCCCCGGAUGGGGGCAACCAGAGCGGCGGGGGGGCCAAUGGCCACCAUCAGGACGACUAUGAGGACUCGAAGGUAGGUUUGCAUCUGGGGAGCGAUCUCCGCACCCAUCUCAGACAGGCCACUGACCAACUGAUGCUCCAACAGAUGCCGCUGUACGAGGGCAUGGACACGGACGUCAUCCUGAUCAAAUCUGAGACCAUCAGCGACAACGAACAGACGGAGAAUGGCAUGGACUGCCUGGACGAUGACGACGACGAUGACUGUCCGAGUCCCAAGGCGCCCGAGGUGUGCCUCGAGGAGGAGGACGAUGUCCUCUUCGCCACAGAUCUCCGCCAGCUGCAGCAGGGCUCAGCGGGCUCGACAGUUGGCGGUGUGGGCAGCGGCACUGGUGUCUGCUCCUCCUCGUCCAUCUCCCUGCCCGGCGGCCUGGCCAGCCUCAAUGGGCCACUGAACGGCCUCUCGGACGCAGUGCCGCGAGCCGCCAGCUCACCCGUGUGCUCCACCAAGACCUCCGUCUCCUCCAGCGGCAGCUAUGUGUCGUCGACGCCCAAGCCGGACAUCACCAUCCAGACGGUGGGCCACAUACGCGUCGGCUCCUUUGCCAACAUUAACAAGACCCUGCAAAACGGAUCCGGAGCAGCGACCAAUGCCAGCAAUGGCAACGGAACCGGCAACAGCAGCUCCAACAGCGCCGGAGUGCAUCACCUUACGGCGGAGCAGGUGCAGCAGCAUAUGCUCCUCAAUGGUCUCGGCCUGUCCGCCGUUAAUCCGCCGCCGCAGACGCUGCAGGCGGCCAUCAAUGCUGCCACCGCUUCGGUGUCCGCAUCGGGCACCAUUGGCGGCGCUGCCUUUGGCGGCAAUCGGCGCACACCACCCACUCUCCAGCUGCCACGUCUCCAGCGGGGGAACAACAAUGCCAACAUCAACAACAACAACAGCCACAGCCACAGCCACAGCACCAGCCUCGGCAGCGGAACGGCGAAUGGGGUACAGCUGCUGCUCAACGGCCAUCAUAAUCAGCACGGGCGUGAUAAGGCGACGCAGGGCGUGGCAAUAGGCGCCGCUGGCAGCUUCAACGGCUACAACGGCCUGGCCGUCAGCGUGCCCUGCCUGAACAGCAGCAGCAGCAGCGCCAACAGCAGCGGCGGCGGCGGCAUGCUCAUGUCCAGCUCGAACGGUGGCAGCGGGAACGGCUCAGGUCCGCGGACGCAGCAUCAGGAGUUCAUGAUGUCGCUGGCCAUCGAGGAGCGGAAGCGAAAGAUCGACCUGCUCAAUGCCCAGAUCGACUACUGGCAGACGCUGACCAAGAAGCUGGGCGCCCAGCCGGGACACUUUCCCAAUCCGGCGUGCCUCUGCCACUUUCCGGGCAGCGCUGCCUUGGGCCAUGUGGCCGGUGUCACCUCCUCCGCCUCCUCCUCAUCAUCGGCUGGUGUCCUGCAGACGCAGACGAGUAGCAGCUAGUCCGAAGAGGACGAUGGCGAUGAUGGGGACGGAGGCGGAGGCGCAUGCGCAGACAGAGACGGUAUCGGGAUCGUGAUUGGAAUUGGAAGCUCAUCAGAUGAGGAUGAGGUGGAGGAUGAUGAUUUCUAUAUUGUCGAUGGCCUGGACAGCAGAGGCGAGAGCAGCGACAUAAUCUCAAUUGUCGACAUCAAUGAUGAGGAUGAGGAUGAUGAUGAUGUGGAUGACGAGGAUGCUGAUGGGCAGUUGGAGGAUCAGGAGGAGGAGGUGGAGCUGCGUGUGCAGCUGCUGUUGCCAGCAAAGAUCGCCAUCACAGAUCUGCCGGAUCUGCCGGAUGAAUAUGAUUACUACUCACAGGAUGCCUUGGCCAGGGAUGUGGGCGUGGUGGGUGGCCUAUCACCGUCAUGCCCCUCACAGUCCCCAUCCCCAACGCCCGCCCCCCAACCAGCCGCCAAGCGCUCGAAGCGCCUGAAAGCCAACUCCAAGCUGCUGCAGCAGCAGCAAAGCGGCCGGUCACAGAUGGAGAAGGAGCAACAGCUGUAGCUAAAGCUAAAGCUAAAGCUAGAGCUAGAGAGCUGGUCUAGUAUUUCUUACUAGUUAGUAUUGUACGUAUUAACCCAGUCGUAACGCACCUGCAACAAAAUGCAAAAUGCGCUGCCCCCGCACCACCAGCUACACAUUAACUUAAUAUUUUAUAAUAAUUUUACUACCGCCACCAUUGCUAUACAUGAAUGAGUACUACUACAUAUUAUUAUUAUUAUUAUUAUUAUUAUUAUUACAUACUAUUAUUUUUAUUAUUUAUUUAUGCCUAGUUUGUGUGCCAAAAAGAGAGAUCAGAAUUUAACUUAAACCCCUUUGAACUUUGCCAUCGAGAAUGCUUGCCAAAAAACAAUGAUGUUUGUACGCCUAAGUCAAAACCAAAACCAAAACCCAAACACCCAAACCCCCACUCGCAACUCGCUAUUUAUUUUACACAAAAACAACAACAACAAAAAAAAAACACCUAUGCUUAAAUGUUUUUUUUUUUAUUUGUUUAUAC